AUGAUCAGUGCAAGAGCUUCAUCGUGGAGUGAAGAUCAUUCAGUUGCAUCCCAGAGCAAGAGUGAGUUUCAACAUGCUCAAGCGCAUGCCGUCUGUCCUGAAGAAAGUCAAAUCGGUAAAGUGAAUGACUAUUGCUUUGUGAGAGGAGAAAGAGCGAACUCAAAUGAAGAUUCCGGUUCAACUGAAAUCUCGAGACAAGUACGGGGAGAUAUCAUUCACAGCGUCGUCUACGACUACGACAAGACCGAAGAAGGGGACCCUCUCGCACAGAACAGAAGGACCAAGGACUCGGAGGAUGAGAGCUGUGAUAGUGACGCUGAUGAAUUUUGUGACUGCGAGUACUGCAUACCGCCAAAUACACAGGUACCAACGAAAGCACUGCUACCACAACUGAAAUCCCAUGAUACAGGGAAGAUCUGUGUGGUCAUUGACUUGGACGAAACCUUAGUACACAGCUCUUUCACGCCAGUGAACAAUGCUGAUUUUGUCACUCCAGUGGACAUUGAUGGAACAAUUCACCAGGUUUAUGUAUCAAAGAGACCCCACGUGGAUGAAUUCCUCAGGCGAAUGGGAGAGAUGUUUGAAUGUGUUUUAUUCACCGCAAGCCUCUCAAAGUAUGCAGAUCCUGUGUCAGAUGUCUUGGACAAAUGGGGAGCUUUCCGAAGCCGUCUCUUCAGGGAGGCAUGCGUCUUCCACAAAGGGAAUUAUGUCAAAGAUUUGAGCCAUUUAGGGAGAGAUCUCAAUAAAGUCAUCAUCAUCGAUAACUCCCCAGCCUCCUAUAUCUUCCACCCAGACAAUGCGGUUCCUGUCGAAUCCUGGUUUGAUGACACAUCAGAUAGCGAGCUCCACGAUCUGAUCCCCUUUUUCGAAAGGCUAAGCAAUGUGGACGACGUCUACGAUGUGCUCAAGGAGCAGAGAUCUCUGGGAUGA